AUGUCUCAUUUUUCUAGUGAAGAUGAAGCUGUUUUGCAAUCGAUGCUCAGACAGUUACUGCAAAGCGUCAAAGAGAAAAUUACAGGAGCACCAUCAGUUGAGUGUUCAGAAGAGAUUUUGCUGCAUUUGGAAGAAACUGAUGAAAACUUUCAUAAUUAUGAAUUUGUGAAAUAUCUUAGACAGUAUAUAAGUAGCACCCUGGGCUCUGUAAUAGAAGAAGAAACUGAGAAAUGUACGUCUGCACAAAAUCAGGGUGAAGGAACUGGCUAUGAUACACUUGUACAGCAUGUUACUAAAAAGACCCGAGAAUCAAAAGAGUGA